GCUGCUGCUGCUGCUGCUGCUGCUGCUGCCAUGAGAUGUAGUGAGACAACUUGUUUAUGCAGACGGCGGGUCUACAUCAUUUAUUAGUGAUUGAAGAUGAUGAACGUGUUAACUAACGGCGACAACAGGGAUUAGCGGAUCUGUCCCUUCAUUAAUCGUGUUACCAGGAAAAUGGCGAGUGGUGGCCGACGGUAAGGACUCGGUUUCAAUUGUGGCUCAAUGCAGGCGGCAGGCUCUGUAUAGCCAGCAAGCAGCCUAUAAGGCUGGCAGUCGAAUUAGUGCAAAGAAUUGACCAGCGACCCGUACAGCAUAGAGUACUAUCGGUAGUCUUCAUUGGGUCUGACACACGUUGGUCAUGCUGCUGGGUCUAGGCAGAAUAUAGGUCGGCUAAUAAAACGAAAACAAGCCACGAAAGAGUCCUUGUAUGGCGUUUAUUACAGGUCUAUAUUACAGCCUCCGCUACUGAUUAAUUUCGGAGUGGCGCUCGCAUACCUGAACAGCUAUCAUUGACGGUAACCUAGGAACAAAUACGAUCUCGCUUUGUUGACAGGUUCUCAGAGUUUGCCUGUGUGAAUGUACUCGGUAAAGCCGACCAGCAGUAGAAACUACUACUGCAGCAGUGCCCGAACGGAGACGAAUAGCACGGAAUCCAGCGCCAAACAAUCUUCGGACGGUUGAUCGUCACAACGGAUUAGAGUCCCAAUUGUUGUUUGUGAAGCUUUACAAUGGCGCUGCGCUGAAGCACAAGUUCUCAGCUUAACUAGGCAGUAUAGUAGAAUCAAUGACAAUCUCAACAUCAAUAGUAUAUAAUUGCGUUUCUAACUGAAACCUAUUUAAUUGCUAUAAAGGUUUCUUGAAGGUUUAUUUUCGGUGCUCCUUUGUGUGCUACUUUGUCUGUCUGUGUUUACACUUCAGUUGGACGGCACAUGAGUCCUGGAUAUUUCUCAUGCAACAACUGCCGAGCACAGUCAGGACGUUGUGCUGACAGCAAAUAUAGCUGCGGGACAGUGCGUUUUGCGAAAAUCAACUCCUGGCAAACCUUAGUUAUCAUCGGUAACCAGCAUCUUCAAAGCGACUAUCAUUAGCACAGAAUCGUCUUUGGCGUCAACAAACAGAACGUAUUCAGAGACGUUUUUGCUACGUCUAAUGUAUCCUCUUUCCGCUAUCGCAUGGAGAUACAUUAACAGGGAUAAGACAUAGUAUUAAAUAAUAAUUAUUAUAAUAAUAAGAAGGCAAAAAAGAUGAGAGAACGAAUGAUGCCAAUGAGCCGGUUGCGUUUCAAUAGCGUAUAGAACUCCGCUGAUCAACAAGUCAGCUGUUUCGUCACGUUUUUCCUGCCGACACCGUUACCAUUUUUGCUACUAUCCGUAUCAGCUGUAUUCAGUAUCGGUUCACACUGAUACAGCGAACAGUCAAUCUCUAGCAGUGGUUUCUGCCGGGUCGUCUGUGCUUCAUAAGAGCAGCCUAAGCGAUUUGCCCAUCAUGCGGUUUGUCUGGGUGUCCCCGUUGUUGUUAUUUUGAGUGAAGAUGAAAUCAUCACUAUUAUCAUCAUCAUCAUCAUCAUCAUCAUCACCGUUUCUGUCAGCAGCAUCAACAACGACAGCAAUAGCAAUAACGAUCAUAGCAUCCAUAAUAACAUAGUUGAAGACUGCGUCGGCGCAAGCAUUGCGAUCCACAACAGGGGCAUUACUAUUGCUAGCCAUUAGAACGGCGCUGAUCGCCAGAUUGCCUGACUUAAUUUGUUGGUUGGCCGUAGUUACCCUAAUAGUAGUUCGUCGAGCAGCGUCUGUACCCCUCUUCUGGUUGCUGCUGUUACCAUCAACCAUUCUACCGCUGUUACCAUUUCGACUCUACUGCGCCAACGUGAAUAGGGUCAAACGCGGCUACAACAAUUAAUACCACUACCAGCCUCACUGCUCCUGCCCGUGCAGUCGGCGCCACCGGUUUGCCGACGUAGUUACCUAACUACUAUCGCAGUCGUUGGCAAGUACUACAACUGCGGCUAUGCCGAUGUCGACGUACGUCUCCCGCCAGGUCUAACGUUACUGUACUUAUUCCUGUUGCUACCGUUGCUUCUGCAACGGCCUUUGUUGCAGCUGUUGUGUUAUUCUACCCUACGUAGUAGGAACUACCGUUUGAUGCUGUAGCUGCUGAGCCUGUUUCUUGCCUACCUCGACAGCAGCAAGGCUGUGUAUCGCCCCGAGACAGACCUCUGCUGUUAAGCUAGCCGCUACUGCUGCUGCCUUUACCCACACGUUGAGCAUACAAUGAGGCCAAACAAGCAGGCAAGCAAAUAGCCAGUCUCCGUUGGCUUAGUUUGAUGCUUCCGUCGAUCAUCUGUAUGUCCGUCCGGUAGUUGAGCCCAUAGCGCUCGCGUUAACUGCCUUAACUUCUCGUCAGAGUCACGUGUUAUUACUAUUGUUUUCGUCGUCGUUGUCGGUGCAGUGCUACAGCUGCAGCCUCCGUAAAACUCUUGCCAGCAACUCGAAAGUGGAACGUUCUGCUGAAGAAAAGUCGUCAGGGAUAGGGUGGGAGGAGAUCGAGCGUGCGUGGAUGGGAGACGAGAGUAAAACGUCAAGAUACAAGGGCGCAGAGGACGAUAAUAGCGAAGACAAACGGGUGUCGAGUCAGCCGUGGGCGAGCAGAUAAACGACGAAAAUAACAGUCAUGUGGGUGACAACAUCAGCAUUAACAGCAAAAACUGCGACUGCGACGAUACCAACAAUAUCGGGAACAACAAUAUCGACUUUGUGCCAUCAACAGAUCUAUCAUUAACUGUGUUAAUCUAAUCUUUUGUGUAACUUCGUGGCGAACUGGGCAUAACAGUAACUAUAACCUGUUACAAAUCGAAUUCGACCUAUUUUCGUUGUAGCGUAUAUGAACGCCUAAACGAUCCUCACCUGAGGCGCCUGCCUCAGAGUAAUUCGGAACAAGGCAAAGAGUUUGUUGUUUUGUGAAAAAGGCCUUAGUUUCAUACGCUAAACUGGCUAUGUGACAAGAGGUCGAUGUUCAGGAGUGACUACAGCAGCAUUUGUGGUAACUUCAACAACCAAAAAAUAACUGUUUAUAGGUUCCGUUGGUUUAGCUUAGGGCCGUUCGUUAGCCUAUCAAACUGUUGACAGUUAUUGAAACGAACCCCUUAGACGUCCAUAUCAUAUCGUGGCUUUGCAGCUCGAGAGUUUGCAACUAGCAGCUGUUGAAAUUAACCCUUACUCGUCGCUCACUCCAAUAGCCAUUAAUCAUUUGCGUCCACGCUUUAAUUCUGAGUCCGUCCGAGGUACUCAGUGACAUCACGCGCAUUGCAGUGAUUCGUACGAUUAACAAAACUUCAAGCUCAAGUUUGGCCGUCGUCAAAAUUAAUCAAUCACAUCAGUUAAAAGCAUAGUGUGUGCACGGGCCUACCUACAUAAAAAAAGAACCGCUUCCUCAAGAAAAAUCGAUUUGCUUUGCUCGAUUCCCCGAGCGUUCGGCCAGAAAAUCAACACAGGUAUUAGAAAAUUUGUCUGUUUCUGCAUCAUUAUCAAUAACGCAACGACAUGAAUUGAUAGAUGUGAGAAAGCUGGAACAAGAAGAAAAAAACGGAAAACAUCUAAUAACCAAGUAACUGCUGUCAAAGGGAACAAAUCGUUCGGCAAUCGUUUAAUUACUACAGAGUAGUGUUGGGCGUACGGGCGAACGACCGUCUUACCCGUAAUUAUUGUGUCUUAUAAAGACAGCACAAGUGAACGUGGAGGGCAGAGUUAGAUCAGAGGAAUAACGAUCGGCGGGAUAUUUCUACAAAUUGUUUUCAAUUGAAGAAGCUCCGAAGAGCGAGCCAGAGUGAGGAAGUGAGACUGAAUUUAUCCUUGUAUUGAACAGUAAGAGGACCCGGGACGGCUACGAUACAGUUUUGUUAGCAUGAUGCAGCCUACACGGUUAUCUAUGGUGACUAUUAUGAGGAUCGUUCUUGCUGUAGUGCUUCUUCAUGCCAGUGUCGGUGACAAGGCCAUCUUUCGGUGCGCCUAUAGCAAUGGGACGGUACCGGCCACACAGAACCAAAGCGAAGAUUGCAAAGGAGAUCCGUUCGGCCACAAUGACAACAAGGCAUCGUUCUGUUAUGUGUUGUUCAAAAACAAUACCGUCUCUGGAGAACUAGAGUUGUCUCUACAAGGAUGUUGGACCGGAGGUGAGCACGAGUGUAUCGAGAAGGCCGCCAUCAGCGAAAAUAGUAGCGCCUGCUAUAAGCGGCGGGGCGGUGAUGCUGACCUAGUCUUCUGCUGUUGUCUCGACUACAUGUGCAACCAAAACUUCGUUCCCCUACUGCCUAUACCAGAUCCAACGCCUACGGCGAAUAAGCCUGCAGUCGACUCGGACGACUGGCUCCCGCACGAACAAUCGAGCUUCACGGACAGCUGGAAGUACACAGUGAUCCCGCUGAUUGGCGUUCUCGCCAUCAUUGGCGUUAUCAUUCGCUGGAAGUACGGGCAGAAUCGGAAGCGUCACGCGUCUAAUCAGUUCGGCUACGACAACCAGCUCGAGAAGAGUUCAUCGGAUGUGGAUAGCGUUACACUUGUCGAGCCCGCGGCACAGGGUCGUUUUGGAUCAGUCUGGAAAGGUAAACACAAUGGGAAAGAUGUUGCCGUCAAGGUGUUCCCGCCAAAUGAGAAACAAAGCUGGGAGCGAGAAAAAGAAGUGUACCGCCUACCGCAAAUGCAACACCUAAAUGUAUUGAGCUUCCUUGGGACGGGCCCGAAGACUAACGCGCAGACAGGGCUCACCGAAUACUGGUUGUUGACGGCGUGGCAUCCACUUGGCAGUCUGCACGAUUUCCUGCAUCUCAACACGGUCACGUAUGACCAGCUGUUGCAUCUGGCUGAUUCGAUCGCCAAAGGCGUCAUGCACCUGCACACAGAGGCGGCGCCGACAAAACAUGACUGUUAUAAGCCAGCGAUGGCACACCGUGACAUCAAAUCAAGGAAUAUUAUCUUAAAGGAUAACAGGACGGCAUGUAUUGCCGACUUCGGUCUGGCGAUAAUCUUCGAGCCGAGAACGAGCAUUGGAGAGACCCACGGUCAGGUGGGAACUCGCCGAUACAUGUCCCCGGAGGUACUUGAGGGGGCAAUCUCGUUCGACCAGGAAGCGUUCCAGCGAAUUGAUAUCUACGCGCUCUCUUUGACACUGUGGGAAAUACUCACUAGAACUUCCGACUGUGACCCGUUCCCAGAGUAUAGAUUGCCCUUCGAAGAUCAGGUGGGACCGCACCCGUCUCUCGAGGACAUGCAGGACACCGUCGUCACACGAAAAGUUCGUCCACCGAUUCGCGACUCGUGGCGUGAAGAUAGCCGGUUGGCGUUGUUCGUUUCAACGCUGGAAGAGUGUUGGGACUCAGACGCUGACGCACGUUUAAACGCUUGCACCGUUCAUGAAAGAAUCCAACAACUCAUGAGAGACGUCAACCAGAGUUGGGCGGCCGAGAUCGCCGACGAGAAAUCAGCGCUUCUCCCACAGAACGGAAUGGUAAACGGCGGCGUUAUUAUCCAACAGCAAAAUGGCGGAAUUGUGAUCAAUGGCUUAGGCGGCCCACGGCAACACAGUCAAUGCAUUAACAGCCAUAAUAACCAUGCCCAGUUGCAGCCACAACAACAGCAACAACAAACGCAACAAAUACGCCACCAGCCACUUCAACAACUACAAAACCUUCAGCAACAUCAUCGGCAGUACCACCAGGUUAAUGGCAACGUGGCUGUCUAAGAGGAGUUCUCUUAAACUGUCUGCUGCUCUAGCCAACAGAAGGUCAGCAAUCGACACUAUAUAAAUAAACAAUAGAAAUCAUGUCUUUAACUCGUGAUAUUUCAGUCGCAGCUGGUAAACUGCCAGGUUCGGCCUUAGCAUAAAUCUGUGCUCUCGAUGUCCCUGCUAUGUGCGGCAAGAGAUUGGCCAGUAAAAUGGUUUUGGCAAUGACUACAAAGGACACUUACGUGUGACAGCUUACUUCGGCGGGUGUCUGUCAGAGUCGAUGGAGAAAACCGCAGAAGAGCCGCUGGAAAAGCUAAGUCCUGUCUGCGGCGCUUUUGCAUAGUUGGCCAGACGAGAUCAGUAUGGAAAAGAAAAAAAACAUUUCAUAUAUAUACGUUCCUGUAUGUAAAUAUUUCGAGAGCUAAUGAUCCGUUGCUUAUAAAUAUGACGGCUUUGAAGAAAGCCGCAGGAACUUUAGGUCACGGCGAACGGCAGGGCAAUUUCGCACAAUUUCAUCAUCUUCAGAGUGACUCACGAUGAUCUCGCGUGGUCUAUUGCUUGCAAACUAGACGGAGUCCAAUUCGCAAGUAGUAUGUAUGUAUACAUCUUCGUAUACUAUCGCCUCUUGAAUGGCCUUAUCCAACAAAUCGGCAGCAGCGUCAACACAUCCUUUGCAUGCUAUUAUUCUACAAACACCCAUAAGAAUCAUCUCUAACAAAAACAACAUAACCACUUUUCCUGAUCGAUUAACUUGCAUAAAUCGUUUUUGUACCAAUGAUGCAAUGAAAUUGCGCCGAUGACUACUACGUAAAACAACCACAAUUGGGCCUUGAUAUCACCGACCUUGGUUCAAGCAAAACAUUACGUCCUGCAACUGUAGCUCCUGCCGGCAGCAGGACUUCUGCAAAGGGCGAAUCAACGUGAGUAAAGCGCAUCGUCAAGUGAGAGGCAAGACGGCGAAGUUCAUAAGUGAGUGUUAAAACUGCAACUUUUAUCUGAAGUCAUCUGUGGCAUUAAUAGUAGUGAUAAACAUAUCGCUUAGUUAACGCUGACAGCGCGCUACAAUAGAGCGAUAAUGAGAUAUAGUUACUUUAUAUUAAAAGUAAAAUGUUGUAAUGCCCUAGGGCGAAAGGAGUAACGGAAAAGUUCGAUCGAAGUUGCUCGCACCGACAUGCAGAGUAGUGAGAAAUUAAUACUUCCCUCUAUUUUAGACUUACACAGACCGAUUGGAAUAAUACUACGUUUAUAAUAAUAACAGUACUUGUUUCACAUGUUACAUACAUUUUUGGUGGUAAAGUAUAUACGUAUAUAUAUGGGUACGGCACCUAAAUUGAAACUGUUUCUAAGGCUAUCUCUAAAUAAAAACAGGUAUUUCAAUUCAAUUUUUUUGCACACGCCAGAAGUGUUAUUCCUGUUUACUCAAUACAACCCUGGUUCACCGUGAUUAUACCUUCGAUUCGAGACCUAAGCAGCUCAUUUUCAAAGUCAUUCUUCUCGAUAUGCGGGUAGCUUAUUCGUAGUACCCGCGCUAUAUUGCUAGGCGUACAUCCGCCAAAGUGUUGCCUCCAUAGGCUGCACAAUUAAAAUUCAAGCGGAGUUAAAUUUUGGGCUGCUAACAGGCCGGAACUUCCAAAAAUGCGAGGGCUAAAAACAGCCACAAAUCUGCAAGGGGCAAAAAACAGUAACUGCUGAAGCUUAAUACAGACGACCCAUCUAGUUGGCAUUCUCCUUUCUAAAACGGCUGUUAAUUUCUGAAUUCUAAUCCUAAUUUUUCUAAUCUAAUUUUUGAAUAAGUUUUCGGCUGUUAAAAUCUAAAACCUAAUGAAGAUUUAUGAUUUGUCUCAUGGAAAUCUUCCUUAUUGGAAUUGUUUAAAAAUUGCAUAAAAACUGCUAUUAACACGGAUCGCCGGUUUAGGACAAAAAAUGUAAAGUUUCAUUUUUACCUUCUCAGGAUUAAUAUUAGACUAUAAUAGAUUGAUAAAUAAGAACGUCUAACGUGAACAGAUUUUUUAGUGGCUAAUUUUCGCCCAAAUCGUGAAAACGGCGCACUGUGUUCCGCCAUUGUCAUUUUGUCCUGGAAAGAACAGGUUUUCUCCUAAAAUUAAGGACGGCCUAUGAACUCGUGCUCGUUAUAAGAGAUGCCCGAGCAAAGUCUAUCCCAAUUUAGUUGCCGUAUAUAUACGCGGACGAGUAUAACAGCAACGUUAGAGCUCUAAAACCCAUUUACCAACAUCCACCCUACAAUGUUUAGAGGUUAAUCGGCGCCGAUUAACUGGACCAUAGCCAAACAUGAGGUGUUUUUUUUUUCCAUAGCAAACAAACAGCUUAAGCACUAUAUAAAAUUAGAUUUUGUUUAUGUAAUUCGUCAACGUUCUCCUACAUGUGUUACUCUGGCAAUUGCUCCCUCAAAACAGACAUGCCCAAUGUACUAAUAAAAUAUUAGCAAAUCUAACCAUAAUAUUGUGCCUUCAAUGGUUAUUGUAUUCCGGUUGAAUUUUAGUAGUCAUCGAUUCGUGACCAGGUCCUGUGACAACGGUACGAUUUGUGACGGGAUCGACGAAUUUCAAUUGUACAAUGUCAAUAUAUAUAGAUAGAUAAAAGACCAUAGUGGAUGACACGCGGAUGGGAGAAGGGCGCAAUUUGGGAGCGCGACAGGACGACAGAACCUGGAAUAAUGUGAUCAUUAAUGAGGCUACAAGCUAGGCUCUAAUCGACGGCCGUUUCGGUGAGUCGCAAAAAUCAUUACGGUAGUAACAGACGGAAUGAACGGAUGCGAUCGAAAUGACGUUUGACUAGUCGACGACCUCAGUCUCUGUCUACGACGACAGAACUCGUAAGCCACUUGAACUGGUGGUAUAGCAAACCCAUGCUAGACGUUCAUGAGUAGUUUAUGGUGAUGCUAUUUCGCAUCGUCUCGUUGCGAUUGUCGAGCGUUUGGCGGCAUUUUUCAAAAAUGGGCAACUCUAAAGGAAACUGCUGUGCCAACGUUUGCAUAUGUCGCGCUCCCAUGUCUGACACUCGCGCAGACAUGGUCUCCCGUCACUAGGAGCAAGCCACCAUAAUGAGAUAAAUAUAUUUUUUUAAAUUUUCUAUUACUGAUUUUGAUUUACUGAACGAGCAGCGAGUGACAUCAAGCCCUUGACAUGCUCUGGUUCGGCCCAAAGAUUAUUCGUUUACGAAAUACCAUCCGAAAUGAUACCCCUGGGGGGUGGAAACAAUGAAAAUAUUAGCGUAAAAGGACUUCGCUCGAUUCUCCAGAUUUUCGCAUGUCUAGUGCUUGAUCGUAACUAUUCCAAUUGUAUGAAUGUUAAGAUGUCUGUCGUGUACAUGCUGCUGUGAGAAGAGGCCUGCAAACGUUAGGCUUUAUCAGUUACAUUCGUGAAUUAGUUAAUCGGUAAAAAAAAAGUUCGACACACAGCGAAAAAUAAGGGACUGCAAUUGAAGACCGUGUGGCGAUGCUCGCUAACUGUUAAAUAGACCAUAACGUUUCGUUACAGAAAGGCAACCUUGAAUUCGGAACCUCACAAAAUCGAUUUUCAGCGCCAUUAUUUUGUAAGGUUUUCGUUGGAUCUGACCCGCUGGGCUUUUAAACAUUCAGUUAUCUAAUAGGAUUUUUAAUCAGCUUGCGUCUCGUUAUUAAACUAAGUUAGAUCGACGAACCAGCGGAAUGUAAAUUGAGUGAUACAUUUGACUACGGUGAAUACCAUUAUAUGCUUCUACACAUCGAAAAUCACUAUGAGUGGUGAGCGACAUGAUUAAUAGGAAUUCUUUGGUCUAGGCAGAAUAACUUCGAAGUCCAGAUCGCAUCAAAACUUCGCGACGAUCAGCAGCGUUAUCCGUUAACUCUCUUAUGUCUUACCUUUGUGCAUCGUCUCUGCUAAAACGUGGCUCGAGCCGAUCCCGGCAACUGAAGGCUCUAGAAAAAAACAAACCUGCCACCAUCUGACCCAACGACGAUCGAUAUCGUCGAUUUAGAGCGCGACCGUGUCCAUCUAACCGCCAGCCAUUAUUGGAAAGUCUGUCCUUAUUUCUGAACAUGCGUGAAUAAGCGUGAGUACGUCUUUUGCCUAGAGCGCCGAUUCUCUUAAAAGAACAAGCGCGCCCACGUCCAGGAGGGCGUCGGCGUCUCGAGUGCUUUCGCCUGUUGUUCACGAUUAUUUUGUUCGAACAAAUGAUACCUUUACGCGCUCUUAAGUUGUAAUAAUAACAAAGAGUAUAACAUAAUGUACAUUUCGUUGUUGUGUUAUAUAUUCAUUACCAUGACAAGUUUUGCUUGGCGGGUUCUUUGGUAAAAUGCAAAAUUAUAUAGGCCGACCAAUAAUUAUAUGUGUAAUGUAUAUAUUUGUAAAAAAAUAUAUGAGAAACACCUAUAUACGUAACAGUUAUGAUAGUGAUGAUAAUGAUGAGGCCAAAUAUACUUGAGGAUAAUAUAAUAAGUGAAAGAACAUAUAUAUGGCUGCGGAGUUUUAUUGUGCACACCUUCCAAUCGAGGCAGGAAAUGCAUGUUCAAUACGUCUGAGUGUACGGGCUCGCGUGUGCCUGUAUGCUGGAGGACCUAAUUUUUAAAGCCUUUUCAUUGGCUCGUUUGUCAUCGCACAUGCGGUUCAUCGCUGGCGGCAAAGUCUUCAACAAAUACAGCCUGAUACUCUGGGGCGUGGAACAAACCAGACAAAGAAAAGAAAUUGAUAUAGACUUUAAAUAAAAAGGCAUUAAGGUAGGUAUUUCCAAUCGAUAGAUUUACUAAUAUCAUGAAACGUGUGCAUAAUGUUGCGACUGCGGGCAACAGGUGUUAGAACGAAGUUGUAAAGCGUUAACACUGUCUAUGGCCAGCUAAAGGGUUUUGUCUGGCUGAAACCUUCAUGGUAACUCUUAUGUGAAGGUCGCCGACGUAAUGGGUGCUAGUGAUGUUUCGGUCACUCAGUGCUGCUGCGCAACAAUUAAACUGAAGCAAAAUGACAACUGGCAAAAAAAGUUAGUCAUCACAUGUAACUCCGCUCGGAUGUCGGAAAAUCAGCUGUAAUCGAUGUACUGAUCCAAAGCAAAAAAUGUGUGCGGCUUUAAGUGGGAAAACGUGGAGCAGACCAUCUAAACUUCAGUUUGGAAAUUCGAAGAGACUUCAGACCUGGUUAAGGAUGCUGUAGUCGAGAUUAAACCUAACAUCGAACCUAGCCAUAAGGUCUGUGAGGUUCAAACUAGUGUACCAUAUUUCUAGCAUUUGCAGACGUUUGCAUCACAAGUUAGAGAAGUAAAUGUUUGCCAGUCAAACACAGAAGGUCUACAACUUUAGCGGACAUCGUCAAUGCUAGCUGAUGUAACUACUGAUUUGAGCCUAUCAAUCGUCUUAGUCUGAAACCGCGGUCAUCCAUGCCAAUAAUCAUAAAAUGACUGUCAGAUACCACGCGAAAACUAUGCCCACAAAUUUAAACAAACAAGACAAAGAUACUUUGACGGAUAUCUAGAUAAGUAUGUAUAAUUAAAUAUAUUUACGUUACUUUGUAUGUACAUAUAUAUGCAGGGGAAAAGAAGAAUGAUUUCAAUAUGGAUAUAUAGAUACAUACGUACACACACACACACCCACACGUAACAUCAUAUGGAUCUCAUACGUGCGUCGCAUAGCUCACAAAAAUAUAUAUUUUCUGGCCUUAUAUUGUAAUUAUAGAAAUUAUAAUAAUAAUAAUAAUAAUAAUAAUAGUCCUAUUACGAAAUUCUAGCAAAGAAGCAUCCUCGUUCAACACAAUGGUUCAGGGUUUAUUUCUUUUUUCUUACGAUAACAAAACGUUGCCCUAUACAUGGAACAUAAAUAUUCCAGUAAUUGCUGCCCAGGUGGGCUAUUGUGGUAGAGUAGGCAAGUGUCCGUUCGUGUUUUGAAAAUCACGUAAUUUGCUUACAAAAAAAAAAAAUGGAAAAAAAGA